UCUGUUUUGACCUUAUACUCAAUUGCCAGAGAGAAGAAAAAAAAAACUGAAGACUGUUGAAAUAAAAGCUGCCCUGCUGUGUUGUGGGCGCAAGCAAGGAGUGAAGAGAGCGAGAAGAAGGGAGUGAAGAUGAAUAUAUUCAGGCUAGUUGGCGAUAUCACACAUUUGGCUAGUGUUCCUGUCUUACUCCUCAAGCUUCACACUAUUAAAUCUUGUGCAGACGUUUCUUUGAAGACUCAGGAGCUCUAUGCUAUCGUUUUCGCUACUCGCUACUUUGAUUUAUUUACACAAUAUGUGUCUCUCGACUCUCUCCAUAGUACCCUGAUGAUAUUAAUAUUUUUGGUGAGCUGUUUCUCAAUUUUCUGGUAUAUGAUGCUACACAAUGUUGAGUACAGAUCAUACGACGAAGACCAUGACAGUUUUCGCCACUACUUGUUAAUUGUUCCGUGUUUGUUACUAGCCCUGGACAUAAAUGAGAAAUUUGCAUUUAAAGAGGUUAUGUUGGCUUUUUCGUUGUACCUGGAAGCUGUUGCCAUCCUUCCUCAACUGGUCUUGUUGCAGAGAACAAGAAAUUUGGACAACUUGACAGGGAAAUAUGUUUUUCUUCUAGGUGCUUACAGAUCGUUCUACGUUUUGAACUGGAUUUACCGUCACUUCACUCGGUCACACUUUGUCCACUGGAUAUCUGGAAGAAUAAUGUAAAGCUUGAAUUAACUGCUUGAGAUCAUAUCUGCACAAAAUAUUCGAGGCCGAGAUUUUCAGGCAGCACGCACAAGAGAUGUACUUGGCAUGUGGUUUUGUUAUGCCUAUCUUGAUUUGGACAAGAGAUGAGAUCCCAUUAGGCGUUUAUCAGAUGUGUCUGCCCUGUUGUUAAGUGACUUAAACUAUAAUGCUGAGGGAAAUAGUUAUAGACUAAUAGCAGAACAUAUAUAUGCCCAACUUUCUCCCUAUACAGAUAUAACUUACCAUUUUCUUUUACCUAAACGGAAAAAUGAACAAACAAUGUUUUCUUAUAAAAUAGUUGAUUUAGUUAGUA